UUCAAUUCAGUCGUUUUUAAGCUUUCGCGUUGUGCAGUCGUGUUGGACGCAGUGAGCGCUUACCAGCAGAAGAAAUUGAGUUGACUGUGCGGUGUGAAAGAAUAAGCUGCAAUUAUAGUUAGUGCCGGAAUCGGAAGAAGAAAGAAUUUAAUUCGCCAUAAAAGUGCUGAUGUGUUUUAUAAUUUUUAGAAGUGAAAAAUUGUCAAAGUUUUAAGUACAAUAAACGAGUUUGCUGCCUUUGAGCUGGUGAAAAAAGGUGCGCCACACACAUAAACCACGCGAGAGCCGUCUUCUCCUUGCAGCAGUUCCACAAGAAUAUUCUGGUGUAGCCACAAAGCAAAAAAUUAAACAACAGCAAGGGCAUAUAAAAAUAGCUACAAUAGACAAAAAGACGGACUCGAAGCGUAAACAAUUUUUGCUUACAAAAGGUCUAUUUACUGCCAGACUUCAACUAAAUUGAGCACCCACUUCAGAUCAGCUGCCCAGAAGUGCGUGUGAUCCAAAACAGCUGUGUCUUUGAAAGCACUCGUGACUGAAGUGUGUGCCAAGGAAUCAAAUACAACAACCACAAAAAGAAUUUCUACAAAUUUUUCACAUACAACACAUGCAUAAGUGUGCGUGGUUUGUCUAAAGUGGUGGUAAGCUCGAAUUUCAAGUAGAUUUGUAAUCAGCAAACCAGCCAAUAGAACGGUGAAGUAAGAGGCAAUUGGUGUAAAAUAAAUAACGAAAGUGUGUGACGGAAGACGCGCUACCGAAAUGGAUCACUAAAUAAAAAAAAAGAUUGGAAAAACACGAGUGUCGUGGAAAAACAUACACUGCCAUUACAAAUUUUCCUAGCUCAUCCAUAGCAGGAGGAAUUUUUACAGCAACACGCAAGCAAAUAAAAACAAAAACUAACAUGUUUCUGCCAGUUAAAUCAAAUAUCUCAACGGAGAAUAAUUCCGCGGGUGGCAACAAUGAGGACGUCACUACCACCAGCAACAAUUCCACACAAACACCAAGCGACUUAAGCCCACCGGGUCCGAAUGAGGAGGUCUUGCCGCAGGCGCAUCAUCAAAAUCCCGGCCACUGCAUCGCCUCCUUUGCGGCCAUCAAUCAAAUGCGCAACAACACGCAGCUUUGCGAUGUUUCUCUGGAAGUGGGCGGCGAAACUAUACAAGCUCACAAAGUGGUACUUGCCUCUGUUUCACCAUAUUUCUAUGCCAUGUUCAACGAUGAUAUGCUGGAACGCAACCAGGGCGCAGUGCGUUUACACGAUGUCGAUGUGACGGCGCUGCGUCAACUCAUCGAUUACACCUACACUGGUGAGAUCACCAUAACCGAAGACAAUGUGCAGGUGCUCUUGCCCGCCUCCAGCUUGUUGCAAAUUCAUUCAGUUCGCGAGGCGUGCUGCAAGUUCUUGCUGCGCCAGCUGCAUCCAUCCAACUGCCUGGGCAUACGCAGUUUUGCGGAUGCUCAUUCCUGCAAGGAACUACACACGCGAUCGCAUAAAUAUGCGCUACAAAACUUUCAGCAGGUCGUUGGCACCGAAGAGUUUUUACUUUUGCCAUUCGAUGAGGUUAAAGAUCUGAUAUCAAACAAUCAACUGAACAUUUGCUCCGAAGAGAAAGUAUUCAUUGCUGUGCUGAACUGGGUCAAGCACGAUCUGGCCGAACGUCAAUGCCAUAUAGCCGAAUUGAUGAGCCACGUACGCUUGCCAUUGGUGGGACGAGACUUCCUUAUGACUUGCGUCGAGACGGAAGCGCUCAUACGCGAAGACGGCCAAUGCAAGGAGCUCUUGCUCGAAGCCAUGAAAUACCAUUUACUGCCAGAACAGCGCAGCUUGAUGAGCAGUCAACGCACACAAGAGCGUCGGCCGGAGGGCAUGAAGCCAUAUGUGUUCGCCGUGGGUGGCGGCAGUCUCUUCGCCAUACACAACGAGUGCGAGGUGUAUAAUCCGCGCACGAAUGCUUGGACGCCCAUCGCACCGAUGUUGUGGCGCCGGUCACGUUCGGGUGUGACGGCGUUGCACAAACAGCUCUACGUCGUCGGCGGUUAUGAUGGCGUAAGCGAUCUAAGCACUGCCGAAUACUACAAUCCACUGAUUAAUAAGUGGACCAAUAUCACGCCGAUGGGCACGAAACGCUCGUGCCUCGGCAUUUGCGCCUACGAUGGACUGCUAUACGUUUGCGGUGGCUACGAUGGCGCAUCAUGCCUGAGCAGCAUGGAACGUUACGAUCCGUUGACGGGCAUUUGGAGUUCAUGUCCUGCAAUGAAUACGCGCAGACGCUACUGUCGUUUAGCGGUGUUGGACAAUUGCAUUUACUCUUUAGGUGGCUUCGAUUCUACCAACUAUCAGUCGAGUGUGGAGCGUUUUGAUCCGCGUGCGGGACGUUGGUUCCCCGUGCAGAGCAUGACAGCGCGACGCAGCAGCUGCGGUGUAGCCUCUUCCGACGGCUACUUGUAUUGCAUUGGCGGCAAUGAUGGCACGAUGUGCAUGUCGAGCGGAGAGCGUUUCAAUUUGCGGCGCAACGCGUGGGAACCAAUCGCCGCCAUGCAUUCCAGAAGGUCAACACACGAGGUGGUCGAGGUGGACGGUGCACUAUACGCUCUUGGCGGCAAUGACGGCUCAUCCUCGCUCAAUUCCGUGGAACGUUACGACACGCGCCUCAACAAAUGGACCGUAGUCAAUUCGAUGGUAGCACGUCGCAGCUCAGUCGGCGCUGCGGUGCUGGAGUGCUUCCAUCUCGAGCGCGGAUUGGUGCAGACAACGAACUUAUGACCUUUGUCGACAAUAGCCGAAACAUUUGCGGCGGCGGCAGCAGCAGCCGUARCAGUUGGAAAUGGUAGUGGCGGCAGCGCGGCAACGGUGAAUGGCGGCAGCAAUAAUCACCAAGCAACGACCAUAAAUGGCGUCACUUCGACGCUGACGAACAAUCUCAUCGUGCCGGGACGUGCAGUUAGUGGACGCAGCAUGCUGGGCGCAGCCGAAGUGAGCGGCAGCAUUGGCAGUCUGAUGAGCAGUAGCACGAAUGCGCUCAGCACUUCGGCGCCGACGACGACGUCCACAUUGCGACGUUUACGCGAACGCGAGAGGGAGAGGGAGCGUGAAAGAGAGCGCGACAGCAGCAGCGCAGAGAAUCGUGUGAAUGGCGUUGUGGUAGCCGGAAGCGGAAGUAGUAACGGUGCAGCAGCGGCUGGUGCAAGCGUAAAUGGCACAGGCAGCGCUACAGCUGGCAAACCACCGUCAACGGCUUGAUGUCUGCGCUUCAAGUGAUGCGAGCGGCGGGAGUAAAUCUAAUAAGUGCAGACUUAUUAAGCGAAAAUGUAGGAAUUGAGAGUUUGUGGGUGAGAUAAGUAGAAUAUGGAGAAAUAUGAGUAAGUAGCGGCUGAAGAAAGAGGUUAUAUGAAACUAUAGUCUGCGUCGUAGAGCCGCGCGUGGAAGUUAGUGGCAAGCUAAGCAGUAUUUCUAGUCAAACAAGGCAAGAUAUGUGUGUGUAAAUUGAGUUGGUUUUGAAGCAUGUUUGAGAUUGUGUUGGAAACUGUGCGCGUAGCAGUAAUGUAGUGGCUAGAACUUUCUUUAGAGUAUAUGCCGUAAUUGGCUCGUUAAGGCGUUUAUGGAAUUUUGCAAUUUUCCAUAACCUUUUUUAUGUAAUAAUAAAAUAUUUUUUUACAAACCUUCGCCCGCCACGACCAUACUAAUGCACACACAUUCAUUAGCACGUACAUACAUACAUUAGGGUGUUCAUUAUUUCCCAAUUGAUAUGAAUUUUAUAACUUUUAAAUGAAUGGUUUUCUGGGAAAAAUUAUUAAGAUAUUUUAUGUAAAGAAUAUCAGUGAAACGCAGACGAGGAUGCUCCAGACAUGUCAGAGCACUUCUGGAUGCCUACUGGUGUCUCCUAUCGAACAUCUGCACAGUGAGGAUCGUAAGCUCCCAGUUAAGCAAAUAAUGAAUGAACAAGCAGUUUCUGCUACGCUGUUUUCAUAUACGGUAUCAACUCUGCAGUCAACACGUUUCCUGGCCUAACGUUUGAUGACCUCAAUGGCAACUUAUCUAAACCUUACCACUCUAACSGCAAUUAGAUAACCGUUACUCAAACGCUUUUGCAGCUUGAAUGGGAUGUGCUAUUCUUUUCGGACAAUUAUUUGUUCCGGUCGUAGCAAAUUUCUUUGGAUGAACCUUUACCUCACCUUUCUUUACGUUAGCUUCUUUGUGAACUAAGUGAGUAAGAGCUGACCCUUUAGUUGAUAUUUUCAAAAAAAAAACAGAACAAAUAAAAAAAAAACUUGGCAAUCGACGAACACCCUAAUAUACAUACUUAUAUAAUUAAAAUCACGUUUUAUAUGUACAUACACACACACAUACGCAUUUAUACAAUUAAAUGUAAGUAUCUUUAAGCCGAUUGUGGGCGAAGAAAGAAUGUAAUUAAUGCAUACAAAUUUAAAAACGAAAAACUAACCUAAAAAAUAAAACUUUACUGCCCCUAUUAGCUAGUUUUACACUAAAAGAAAAAUGUUGAAAUGCAACCAAAAGUUGCUUCAUGAUUAUUUAGGGAAUGCGUAACAUAAGAUUUUGCCGUGAGGCAAAACAAAAGCAACAAAUUAUAAAAAAAUAAAAGAACGAUUUAAAAAAUAUAAUAUUAAAUUUUGGUGCGCAAGUAAUUCAAGCAAAUGGAAUCGAAUAGCGAAAAAUCUACAAAUAUUUAUUAAAAACAAACAUAUGUAAGUGUGUAUACAAAUACUACAUACAUAUGUACAUAUGUAAUG